AUGGAUAACUCGGCCGUCCCGCUGCGCUCUGCCCCUCCAAACAAGCGUCAAAGGAGGUCACUCUUCGACACCUCCCGCGCUCGAAACGGUGGAAGUUCCACAUCCUUCGUGACCACCUCCAACACAGGCAUCAUGGAUACGACGUUCGGCUCUACAACGGACGAAGAAGACGACGAUGACACAGAACAACACUACCUCAACAAGAUGACCGACGACACGGAUAGGAAAGUCGAACCCGUAUUUGGCAAAGGCGUCGAAGUCUGGAAUUCAUUCAACGGUACCGUGUAUGCCGACGUUAACGAUAGGAUCAAGAAACAACAACGUGACGAAGAGUUGUGGGGCAAGAAGAAAGAGAAGAGGAAGCGUGGUGCUGGAGGGAAGCAGGGGGGCACGCUACAACAACGUUUCGACUCGCUGCGCAAUUCAAGGUCCAUGUCUGGGUCUGGGUCCACUUCUACGCCGGGCCUCAGGGAUAGUACCUAUACGGACGGAACGAUAUCUUAUCCUUCCCUGCAGUCGAGCGAUUAUACAGCGCUUCCGCAUACACCUACUGCGUCGGAGUGGGAGAUCUUUCCAGUACGGCAAUCUCAACAUGAAGACUUUUCUGGAAUGCCACUAGAGUACAAGUCUUUGAACGGUACGAAAUUCCAACAGGGAAACGCGGGUGCAGAUAACGGUGGCAGCUUCGAUCGCCCUAUCAAGCCUUUACCUUCACGCGCACAACGAUCUCAAGGCCAACAGCCCACAGCACUACACCCACACCUUCCAAGUUCACAGCCACCGUCUGUUACACCUCCGCGUCUUGUGCCUGUACCAAGCACAAGCUUCUUCGGCAACAUGCUAGGUGGAACUAGCAGAAUCGUGUCCGGUUCUUUUGGUAGUUUCGACGGCAGUCAAAUAGAUCGAUUUGAUGAGCGAGGAUAUAGAUUACUGUCAGGUCAAAUGAGUGAAGCGACUAAGAAGAAGAACGAGAACGGUGAGACUGGUGGACAGAGGGGCAGAAAAUGCGAUAGGUUCAAAGGAAGACCUUGGCUACGGAGGGGGUAG